ACCUGGCGUUAGGGUUUUGCUUGUUUGGUCUCUGCGGCUCCUCGGCGCUGGGCUCUUCGUCCUCUCGCUUGCGUAGGCUUCCGUUCUUGCCCCAAGAAGCCAUGAUCAUUCCGAAGAAGAAUCGCCAUGAGAUCUGCAAGUACCUCUUCCAAGAGGGGGUGCUGUACGCGAAGAAGGACUAUAACCUUGCAAAGCACCCGGAUAUCGAUGUGCCGAACCUACAGGUGAUCAAGCUGAUGCAGAGCUUCAAGUCGAGGGAGUAUGUGAGGGAGACAUUUGCCUGGCAGCACUACUACUGGUACCUCACCAAUGAUGGCAUCGAGUACCUUAGAACUUUCCUUAACCUACCCUCAGAGAUUGUUCCUGCGACACUGAAGAAGUCCGCUAGGCCGCCGCCGACCCGCCCAUUUGGCUCUGGUCCUCCUGGUGAUCGUCCCAGAGGACCUCCCCGGUUCGAAGGAGAUAGACCAAGGUUUGGAGACAGGGAUGGGUAUCGUGGAGGCCCUCGUGCUGGCCCUCCGGGUGAUUUUGGGGACAAGGGUGGAGCACCUCCAGAAUUCCAGCCAUCUUUUCGAGGUACCGGUGGCAGACCUGGGUUUGGCCGUGGAGGUGGCGGAUAUGGAUCAGGUGCACCAUCUGCAUCACUCGAGUAGUUCUGUGGCUCCUCCUUUUGUCUAUCCCCACAAAAUCAGCAUUUGCAUCGCCCAGUUCUCUCUCUUAUGAUUUUUGUUGCUUGAAGUGUAGGACAAGUUACAUAUUUUAGUUUGCGGUGGACGAUGCCUUUUUAUAUUUUGAGAUGCCAAAAUUAUCUACGGCUAAAUUAGCAUUUGCACCCCAAAAUUUUAUGAUUUUUUGGGGCUUUAUUGUUGGACAAGUCACAUUCCAAGUUUGUGGUGGACUAAGCCUCGUGAGAUGCCAAAAUUAUCCAGUGUCAUUUGACAUGUGUA